UGCAAAAAUUAUAAACUGCUGAGACCUGAGAUCGUUAGUUCAAAUAUCACGUUGAACUUUUAGAUUCUGUGAUCCGAACAUCGAUACGAGGGAGCAGGCCUUCCAUCUUUCUUUCCACAACUGCAUCAGAUCAGCGACGUGACGAGUGACGUGAGCAUUCGUCAAGAUGGUGAACGGUAGAGUACCGACAGUCUGUUCAAAGACUUACGUCACCCCCAGGCGUCCCUAUGAAAAGGCUCGUCUUGACCAGGAAUUGAAAAUCAUCGGUGAAUACGGUUUGAGGUGCAAACGUGAGGUAUGGAGUGUAAAAUACUCGUUGGCCAAAAUCCGUAAAGCCGCCAGAGAGCUCUUGACCCUUGAAGAGAAAGACCCCAAACGUCUUUUCGAAGGUAAUGCCCUCCUCCGUAGAUUGGUCCGUAUCGGUGUCCUUGACGAGAACAGGAUGAAGCUCGAUUACGUGUUGGGUCUGAAAAUUGAGGACUUCUUGGAACGUCGUCUCCAAACUCAGGUCUUCAAAUUGGGAUUGGCCAAGUCCAUCCAUCACGCAAGAGUACUCAUCAGACAGAGACACAUCCGAGUAAGGAAGCAGGUGGUCAACAUACCAUCUUUUGUAGUCCGGCUGGACUCUCAAAAGCACAUAGAUUUCAGUCUGAAAUCGCCCUUCGGUGGUGGCCGACCAGGCCGCGUAAAGAGGAAGAACCUCAAGAAGGGUGCAGGAUCUGGUGCUGCUAAGGAGGAAGAAGAAGAAGAUUAAACUAAGUUUUGUUAUAUUGCCUAUUUUGGUAAUAAAAAAUAAAUGUGA